CGAGAACCAAUAUCUCAUAUCUAUGCUAUCAAGUUCGUAAGAUUUUGGCUCACACAUGAUUCUUAUCGAGGCGAGAAGAUGGUAGGCACUGUAACGUUUCCAAUGUCCAGGUGUUCCCGACAGACUGGCUACAGUCUCCAAUGCCUCGUUCGUCGAGCGAGAAUAACAAAUGAUCCCCUUCUGGUUGGUCACUUCGAGGAUUGUAUGCCAAUAGCUCGCAGAUGAUUCGUAGACAGCACGGUGCACAGUUGUGUAUUGGAACCGGAAGUGCAUAUCAACACCGGCUCAAGGCUCACCCAAUGGGGACAUCAGCUGCUAUCAAGCUUUCAAUUGGGCACUCUCGCAGCAGGUACAGCUUUAUACAUUAAUUGACGAGUUUCCACGACCUACUGACGACAACUCCCAUCAACGAACGCUAAAAUGGGUUUCAUGAAAUCGGUCACCGCUCAGUUGAGGCCGGUUCCUGAGGUCUUCGACUCAGAGGAGGUUCACGAGAUGCCCCAGACAGGACAUGCUCAAAAUACUGAAGACAAGAAUGAUGGGGAUGUCGACGUGGAAGCAAUACAAAAGCCCGUCUUUAAUCCUCAAUCCAAUGUAGAGUCCGGAGUUGCUCGAGUCGAGGCUGUUCAAGCAGUUUGGGGAAAGAGAGGUAGAUAUAUGAUUAUCGCGGGACUAGCAGUCAUGAUGAUUAUGUACGAGUUAGACAAUUCGACAGUAUACAUCUAUCAGAAUUAUGCUACAUCUGCAUUUAAUGAAAUAUCUCUUCUUGGAACCCUAGGAACGGCAGGAGUCAUCGUCUUCGCAGUCAUCAAGCCUCCUAUCGCAAAGCUCUCAAAUAUCAUUGGUCGAGGCGAAACCUACGUCCUUACAAUAUCUUGUUACAUCCUUUCUUACAUCCUCUGCGCCUCAUCGAAAUCUAUUAACUCCUAUGCUGCUGGUUACAUCAUCUACAAUAUUGGCCAGUCAGGCACUAAUAUCAUGAAUGAUAUCAUCAUCUCAGAUAUUACUACAGCAAGAUGGAGAGGUCUUGGCAUUGGAGUCUCUUUCUUUCCAUUCCUUCUCAUGCCAUGGAUCGCGGCAUUCAUCACAGAAAGUGUAGUGGAUGGGAUCGGAUGGAGGUGGGGUAUUGGGAUGUUCGCCAUUCUCAUGCCAAUUGCAGGAAGUUUGAUCAUCGGCACUCUUCUCUAUUAUCAGCGAAUGGCAAAGAAAGCAGGGAUCGUUACGAAACAGAAAAUGACUGUUUACGAGUUCUGCUCGCAGAUCGAUCUAGGUGGCUCUAUUCUCUUCUGUGGAGGCUUUGCAAUGCUCCUGCUACCUCUCACGCUGGCAUCAACCACCACUUCGCGGUGGAGAACGCCAUAUCUCGAUGCUUUGAUGGCUAUUGGUGGAAUGUUCCUUCUCGCUCUCCCGUGGUAUGAGAAGUUCUUGGCGAAACAUCCUCUUGUUCCGAUCCACUAUUUCAAGAAUCUUGCAAUCGUCACCUCGAUUCUUCUCAUUGCAACGGACUCCAUGGGUUUUGCAGUUACGCACACCUAUCUGUAUGCGUGGUCGACGGUGGCUCACAACUUCUCUGUCAAAAUCGCUACCUUUUACAUUUACGUCAACGGAGUGAUGCAGUGCUUUACUGGCAUCAUUGCGGGUUGGAUCAUGCUGAAGACCCGAAGAUACAAGUGGCUGGUCAUGGCAGGUGUGACAAUCAGAAUCAUCGGCUACGGAAUCAUGCUUCGCCUUCGAGGAGCCGAAAACUCGAUUGGAGAGCUAGUAGUAGUGCAGCUUAUCCAAGGCAUUGGGAGCGGUAUCAUCCAAACCUCUGUUUUUGUCGGCGCUCAGAUCCAAGUUCCUCACAGUCAAUUAGCGCAGAUGACAGCUUUGAUUAUCUGCUUCUCGUUCUUGGGAUCCAGUAUCGGUGCUUGCAUUGCCGGCGGAGUCUAUACUGGCACUUUCAAAGAUCAAUUGAGAGACCAACUUGGUGGGACUGCUGCGAAUGGAGCUUUGGUGGACCAGCUAUUCAAUUCUAUCACUGGGGUUCUUCCUGCAUGGGGAACGUCGGAGAGAACUGCGAUCGAUAAUGCUUACACGAAUGUGAUGCGAUUCUUCACUUAUGCGGCGAUCGGAGCUUCUGUUCCUAGUUUUUUCAUGGCUUGGUUCAUGCCAAAUAAUGAAUUACCCGAUCAAAACAAUUUGGUGGAAGAGUGAAAUGGGGAAUCAAGAGUUGAAAGGACGGACAAUGUUGGAGAUGCGCCAUUAGUCUGGCAAUUAGAAUACCCGAGAAACAUGAUAGAGCCUGAUUCUAGCACCUUUGUUGUCAUGCAGGACAAGUCACAUGGUCUGCUCUCCAACAUUUUGGGGCGCAGCAGAAAGAUCCAACAUUCUCGCCUUCAUCAAUUCUCAAUUAAUAUUAAUC